AUGUCAGAAAUACCAAUAAAUUUUAUUAGGGUUGAAGUCUUUAAGGAAAAUGGAGAGAAAAAAUAUGAUAGAGAUUUAUGGAUUGGAGUUGCAGGUAAAGUUCGAGAUAAAAUAACAACUUUGGACGCCUUUAAAGAAUAUUCUGAUAGAUUUGAUAUUGAGCAUUAUUUUAAAUUUUCCAAAUCAAAACUGUUGAUGGAUAAAAUGCAAUCAUCUGAUUCAAAAAAAGAUGAAGAUUUUAUGUUGAUGACAGCAAUAGCUUAUCACGUAUUAUGUAAAAGUUCUGAUUUGCUAAAUGAAAUUAAUGUUAGAGCUUGGGAAAAUAAAAAAAGAAUAAACUCCAAAUCACCAUCUAAUAUAUUUAGAGCUGCAGCUAUUAGUGAUGUUUUUGAUCAAGUAUAUACAGAAAACAAUGAAAUACAUUUGCAUCACUUAAAAGAAAUAUACGCCUAUAAGAGUAUUUGGAGAGCUGUUAUCACUCAAGCACUUAUGGAUGCAUCAAGCAAUUCAAAAAAGAAAUUUGCUAAAAAGCAAAAAAUCGAUGCUAUAAGGUGGUUAUUAGAUGAUUCAUAUGCUGAUGAACUUAAAAUGGUAUGCAAUUUAGCAGAUUUAGAUUAUAAGAAUGUGUUAGUAAAGAUAAAAAAAGCUCUAGCUAAUGGAU